AUAGUUUAAUUGGAAAAGUGAAACAAGUGUUAUCUGAUCGGAAAAGAAGAAAUCGAAAAUACUGUUUUUUUCUACUGACCGUAUCGUUCAACUUUUUUCUGACUGACAAAAAAUUCUAAAAAAAAUGUGUACACAUACUUUUGUAGAGCUUUGAACGGCGGUUCGAAUGGGAUGUGACAGAAAUUUUUAGGACGAAAACUCUAGGAGGAGAUACAGCUACAAGAUGAUAUAGGAAAAGUUCACUAUGCGAAUCUUAGAUUUAAAAUUUUCAAUGAGUCGGACUUUAGCUCAAAGAUUUUGUAAGGAUUUUCGAAACAGGAGGUCGUUGUUCCUCCAUUAAUGGUGUUCAGUGGUUAGUGGUAGAAUACUACCAGAAGCAGCUCCUUCAUAUCUCUACCGACGGGAGACUGUUGGAAAAAACUGAAUACAUUUCCCCGCCAACAGAUGCCGUCCAAUGGAGCGACGCUGAGCUCGUCAUGAGAACUGAGAAAAGUAUCAACCUGCAUAGACUUCGGUAAACACAUUUAGAAUACAGAAGGCUUUUCUCCACGCUAACGAUUGAAUUCUCGAAGGACAUAAGGAAAACGUAACUGCUACUCUUGACAGUACGCGAGUGAGGAGAUUCACAAGAAAGUGGUGGAUCUUUUGCUUCAGGCCAAUGCAAGAUGCAAAUCGAGUAUUUUUGCGAAAAACGAUUGUUUUCUGUAAGUACUACUUCCCAAUUUUUUAAAACCGUUUCAAUAACAUCCACCAGAAAGGCCAUGUUUGAAACUAUUGGCCUAGCACAAUACAGCAUUCCAUGCGCCCUGAAAAGCUCUACCACAUGUGUUAACUCAACAUUAGUAGGUAUUUAUAACAGAGUCUAGUAGAGAUUCUUUGAAUUUUGUUUAUAUUUCAGAUGAAUUUCAUUCUCAAUUGGCAAAAUCAAAAGGUGGUGUUCUAAUUGGUAGUGAUUUGAAUCGAGUACAGUUUAAUUCUAUGGCAGCAAAACAAGAAGAAAUAAUUCAUCAGAACGAUUUAUUGAGCAAUAAAUUAUCCGACUUCGAUUUAUAUGGAGGAGAAAUUGUAGAUGAAAAUCAAACAAAACAAAAUGAUUAUAGGUUUACUGAUUAG